CUGCUGCGGUGCGCCAUGGUGUUGUUGGCGCUCCUGUGCGCGGCCGCGCUGGCAGUGUCGGCCCGCGGAUCCAUCCCUCCGCCCGAGGAGGCGGCGCGCAUGGCACGCUUCGUGUUGCACAACUGCGACUGGGGCGCGCUGGCCACGCUCUCCGCUCAGGAAGGGCUGCGCGGUCGCCCCUUCGCCAACAUCUUCUCCAUCAGCGACGGCGUCCCGGGGCCCGGCGGCGGCAGCGGCGUCCCCUAUCUGUAUCUGACAGACAUGGAGAUCUCCGUGCAGGACCUGGAGAUCAAUUCAAAUGCCUCCCUAACUGUGUCUUUGGCACAGACUCCAUACUGCAAGAAGCACAGAUAUGAUCCUCAGAAUCCCCUCUGCGCCCACAUCAUCUUCUGUGGGAGCAUUGUAAAGGUGAAUGAUUCAGAAGCAGCCUUAGCGAAAAAGGCGUUAUUCACUCGGCACCCUGAGAUGGAAGGUUGGCCUAAGGAUCAUAACUGGUUCUUUGCCAAAUUCAACAUCACCAAUAUUUGGGUUCUGGACUACUUCGGUGGACUGAAAAUUGUGACACCAGAAGAAUAUUUCAAUGUCAAGCCUUUGCAGAAGAAGAUCCUUGGUGAUGCUGACAGUACAAAUGGAUUACUUUGGAUGACUGCUCCAUGAAAGAUUUUCUAUGUGUAGUAGAGCUAAGUUAAUGCAAAAAAUUCUUACACCUUGCAUUGUUAAUAAGCUGGUGUAAUCCUUCUGAAGCACUUGUAAAUUCACACUAAUAGAUUGAAUCAUGCCAUGCUCAAAAUCCUUUGUGCAUAAGCCAUAACUAAAUGUUGUUCAGUGGACACAAACCUGGAGUGUUAUUUCUCUUAAUAGUCCAUAAUGCUGUGUUUACCAGAAAGUAAAGGAUUAGUCUGGUUCUAAACUUUCAGUGCCUUAGUUAAAUCAUUUCUGUUUGUAGGCACUCUCCAAUUCUUUUUAAAACCACUUCACUUGGCAGUGGUAUUAAAAAUACCACUUUAUCUGACACAGCACUACAGGUGGCUCAGCUGACUGUAGACUGGAAAGCCUUGCUUAUACUGCAACGACAGAUGAUAUAUUGAGUUCCAAAUUUUUCUUUCAACACCUGUACACUCACAAUUUGAGCUGUUUUUCUGUUAACCAUGUUUUUCUGCUAACCCUGAUUGGAUUUAUGGAAAUUGUAUGUGUACUUCAGGCUCAUGGUGAGUUCUUGGUAAGUCUUUGUCUAGUAGUGGUUAUAUGCCAUGAUUCUUUUAAAAAAGUAAUAGUAGUAGUGAAAGUACCUGGCUGUGGUACAUGAAGAAUAGUGGCUUGUAAAUCCAAUGAGACUGAUACAAAAAGAAGAUGUUUACUGACUUGAAUUUUGAAAUCUUUGGCUUUGCACUCUGAUCAAACGACAAUGUAGCAGCUUUUACUACUUUCAGUAGUAGAAUUUGGUAGAUGUUUUUGUUUUGGAAGCCUAAUACAGCAAUUUUAAGUCUGUAAUCUGAGAGUGAGAAAGAAGCUAAUACAGUACGCAACAGAUGAUUUGUCAACUGUAGAGAAUGAAAAGUAAUGAAAAGUGUUGAAAGUUUAAUUCUGUUUCAUAAAAUAAGCCCUACACAAAAAAAAGUAGAACAUCUUUUUAUAUGCUGUCACAUCUCCCACGUGCGUAGCUCACAAAUAUUCAAAAGUGAUUACGAACAAUUAAUUUAUUUUACCCCAAGCCAAUAUUACCUGCUCGACAUAGUGAAGAAUGUGAAAAUGCAGAAUCCUUAGAGGUAGAUCCAUAUAGUAGAAUAGUGAAAUUGAUCACUUCCAAUUAUCUCUAUAUAGUUAUUGCAUCAUUAUACUACUGCUCAUCUUGUAUGGGAAAGAUUUAUGGAAGCACUUUUGAAGUAAGUUAUAAAGUUUUCCUUCUACGUGAAGGGGAAAAAAGUGUGCAUUUUACUGUAUUAAACACAUUGUGUGCUACUGUGUGGGAUAAUAAAAAAAACCCUGAAGAUGUGGAAACAAUUUAUGAUGAUUAGAUAACAUUAAAAUUAAAUAUGAUAGUGGAAAUAUUUUUAUAUAAAACAUAACAAUUGUGAAAAUUCAAAUUAUUUUAUGGUAUACUGAUCCUUUCGAUGGGGACACAUGAAUGUAUUACCUAUCACUCCAUAACUUCUGUUGUAUGAGACUGGUAAUGCUGGGCUUUUGAUAAAAUUAAAAUAUUUUUAUGAAAAA